AUGGACAGGAGCUUCAUGCCCAAAAUCCAGUCGCCCCUGGCCGUGCCUACACGAGCAGCGCCGUGGGUAGAUGCUUCCCCGCCCAACGAGGAUGGCGAGGUAGGUGUUGACAAAGGCAGCCCGAGGCCAUCAGAUUUGGCACCAUCGCCGUUCUUUUGGUCGAGGCCGCUGUCGUUCAUGUGCUCCUCCUCACCCCCACGGCUAGAUGCUGGCGAGGCCAGCCUCCCCUCAUGCGCAGAUUAUCUUCGUCUCUGGUGUUUCGCUGGCCAUUGGGCUGAAGUCAACCGUACAGUUCUUCACAAAGCCCAAGAAUCGCAAGGUCAUAUACAUGGUUCGAUUGCUUUCAGGGUCGUACUUUUCCUUGUCCUUAUUGGCUGGCCUGUCUUCGGUAUGAUGGCAGAUUCGUUUGGUUUUGCCCUGCUAUUCAGGUCACCUCCAUGUCUCCCGCCAGUCCACGACAUAGCUUGCAAUCUAGGAUGUUGCCAAGUUAACUUAGGAUGGUAA